GGACGUCCACCUAACGGUCUUAUUGGUCACUCUACUUCUUUAAUUGGAUCCGUUGUUUAUAUAUUUGGUGGGCAGAAUGGUAUAAAAUAUUUUAAUGAAAUGAUAGCAUUCGAUCUUAAAGUUCUAAAGUUACAACGAAAAAGAAGUAGAUUGAGUAAAUUCUCCUUAAAUCGAGCUAGCACCCCUGGCUCUCAUUGGAACUACAUUACACCAAAUAAAAAUGAGCACUCUGUUCCUUCAUGCAGAAGUGGUCAUACUGCUUGUGAAUACAAAGAUAAAAUUUAUAUAUUUGGUGGUUCAAAUGGCGAAAAAUGUUUCAAUGAUACAUGGUGUUAUGAUACAUUGAAUGGUACUUGGUCGGAAUUAUCUUGUACCGGUUAUGUCCCCACACCUCGUGAAAGACAUGGAGCUGCUCGUAUUGAUGACAUCCUCUAUGUUUUCGGUGGGAAAACUCAUGAAGGAGAUGUAUUGGGAGAUUUAUUUGCCUUUAAAAUCAAAAGUCAGAGGUGGUAUAAAUUUCCAGAAAUGGGUCCUGCAGCUAGUCCUCGAUAUGAUCUUUCCAUGGCUGUAGUUGACCAAGACAAGAUUUUCAUUUUUGGAGGUGACUCGAAUGGAUCCAUAAAACCUGAUGUUGAUGGAAAUAUUCAUGUAUUAGACACGUCAAAGAUAAAGUUCCCUUCGGAUACCAACCCUCCUAAACAAACAGUUCAUC